AUGUCACACCCUAAUCAUCUACCCUACAACAAUGGAAAUCCACGAUAUGUCCCGAAUGCACCAGUUAAUCUCUUUUACUGGCAACCUUGGAGACGUCAACUACAUAAUUCUCAGCAAACAACAAUGCCAGUGGCAUUAUCAGUGCUUGAUGAUAACUAUAGCUACGAAAGGAAUCGAAUAUUGUCAAUGUACCUAAAAAUAAGAAUGCAUUAUAUUCCUGUGAUGGAUAUAGAUCUUGACGAGUGUCCAAACCGAGGAGCUGAUGAUGAGGAGCCAGAAACAUGUGCAAUCUGCAUACUUGAGUAUCAAAAUGGAGAUAUCAUAGGGAAACUUCAAUGUGAACAUGAGUUUCAUCUGGACUGCAUCAAGAAGUGGCUGCUGAAGAAAAAAGUUUGUCCGUUGUGUAGAGCUUCAGCGGACACAUUUAUUUAG